AUGAGCAGUUCUUGCCAAGACGUGAUGCCAGCAGUUGAAGAAUUGAAAAUCGGAAAAAUCUGCGAGAACAUCCAUACAACCUCGGUAACAGAGGCGAUUUCCCGGCUUGAAGAAGAGCAUUUCAGCCAGCUCUUCGUCAAUGUAAGUUCUUCUUUUUACAAAUUGAUUUUUGCCUUAUAUCUUUUUUUCAGGGCGGUCCGGCUACAGGAAAAACCCGUUUUCUUACACAAUGUGCUCUAAAAUGGGUCACAAUGGGGAAGACGGUGGUCUGCACCACGCCGUGUGCGGAAGCGUACGAGGUAUUUCUGAGGGAGUUUGAGAAAAGGAAGACCGAGGCGGAGUGGCCAGAAGCUCUGAAUACCGACGGAGCUGUGCUCAAUCUCGAAGAGCUAGAAAUCAAAUUGAUGGGAACCAGAAAUAAGAAAAAAAGCGCCGAGAAAAAGGUAAGAUAUUACAGAUUCCUGAACAUAUAUGUUACAACAACAGUUUUUUCAGAAAAAAAUCUUUGAAGGCUGUAAGAUUGUCAUAGGACACAUAGAACAUAAGAGCUUCCUGAAAAUAAUCAGAACAGAUUACUGGAAAUACGAUGGGAUAUUGAUCGGUGAUGAUUGUUUUAUCGGGCGUUUUCAUUAAUGAAUCAUUUUCAGACGACUCCUCAUACCUGAAUUUUCCCCAUUAUCGAUACAUAUUCUCCCCGAAAAAAAGGAAAGACGCGGCGUUUGUCAUUUCGUUGGACAUCAGGCAAGGCAAAAUUAACAGGGAAACGAGCCUUGCGGAUGACAUCAUGGACCAAUUGAGACAUAACAAAUGCAGGGAAGAACACUGUACGAAGGCCAACUGGACCACUUUUUUGCAAAUCACGGCUAUCUCUAAGAGUUACUACAAAUGGAUAAACCAUGGCGUGUACGGAGGGAGAUUGAAAGUAUGCAACAAUCAGAACCCGGGAGUGAUCGACUUUGUCAGCAGCACAACGUUGUACAAGAAUACUCAUCAAAAAGCCGGACAAGACGGACUCAAUCCGGAUGAGGCGAAGAUCGUAGUCGAGAAGGCGGAAGAGCUGAUUAGAGCGGGGCGUUCGCCGCAAGACAUCUGUAUCCUCGCCGAAUUCGUCACCCAGGUAUCCGCAAAGUUUAUGUUCUUAUGAACAUAUUACCUAUAAUUUAGAUCGACGAGAUCAGUCGCCUUCUCGAUUUAUCGAAGUUCAGCAAAGAAGUGAGAGUGGGAUUACCGAUAGAUUUCCGAUGGGCCAAACCGAUUCCCGUAGUCAUCUACGGGAUGACAACAUCGACGCAAUCAGGUAACUUUUUAAAUAGAUGUAUUUCUAGUGUCAAUAGUUUCUGCUUAUAGGCAACUGGGGGCUCAUCCUUCUUCCGUUGACUUCAUGGAUCACCGUCUUCAAGCUCGCACAGGAACGCGUCGUGUUUAUCGCCAAUCCGAUGAUGUUCACAGGGAGCAAAUAUCCAUUUGUCCGCAAUAUGCUUAAGUAACUUGCCCAGAUUAUCGUUCGAGUUUAACAUUCUUAUUUUCAGAUUCCUGAAAGGAGAAGAAAUGGAGGUGGUCGCUCCGUCUGUGAAGAACGAGCCAGAAGAAAAAAGUGAUGAUUCUCCAACGACGGCUAUCGACUGA